AUUGGCUUAUAUUUCCUUUUUUCACAUCUUUCGUGUCGGCGUAACACACAAUAAAACCCAAAUCGAAUGAGAUUUCUUUCCUCGGUCUCAUCACUUUUGCUCGCCGAUUCAGAUCUUAGCGACAAUUGUUCUUGCUAUAGGUUUCAGAUCGGCUAAGGUUUUCUCUGGACUCUGGUUUUCGAGAAAGGUUCUAUUUCUGUAGCUAAUAAUUUUCAUCCAUGGAUAUGCAAUCGAGAAUCGAGUCAGAAGAUGUUAGGGUUAGGGUUUCUAAUGAUGAAGAUCGUCAGAGCUCUCGACGUCAUCUGCAGAUUGGUGGUGUCGCUGAUGGAGACAAGAUCAGAAAACAGACCUCCUCUAAUGAAGAAUUAGCCAGGCCAUCGAAAAAGGAGGUAGAUAGGGAUGCUUUGGGAAAACCUAGUGGAGUUUAUAUUCCUCCGUUCAAGCUAGCAAGCAUGUUGAAUGAUGAGAAAGAUAAGAGCAGCGUAGAGUAUCAACGUCUUACAUGGGAUGCUUUUCGUAAAAGUAUUAACGGGCUCGUUAACAAGGUUAACGCAAACAACAUCAAGAACAUAAUCCCUGAACUGUUUGCUGAAAAUCUCAUCAGAGGAAGAGGACUUUUUUGUCGUGCUUGUAUCAAGUCUCAAAUGGAAUCACCUGGAUUCACUGACGUUUUUGCAGCGUUAGUCGCGGUUAUCAACUCUAAAUUCCCUCAAGUUGCUCUGCUUUUAGUGAAAAGAGUUGUUUUGAUACUAAAGAGAGCUUAUAUGCGUAACGAUAAGCCUCAGUUUCUUGCUGCUGUUAAAUUCGUAGCGCAUUUAGUAAACCAGCAAGUCGCUGAUGAGAUCAUUGCUUUUGAAUUACUCACUGUGCUUUUGGAAAACCCGACUGAUGCCAGAGUAGAGAUGGCUGUUGCGUUUGUGAUUGAGUGUGGCGCGUUGCUGCAAGACGUUGCACCAAAAGGAUUACAUGGGAUUUUUGAUCGGUUUCGCGGUAUAUUGCAUGAAGGAGAGAUAGAUAAGAGAACUCAGUACUUGAUUGAACGUCUCUUUGCUAUUGGGAGAGCGAAAUUUCAGGGAUAUCCCGCGGUUCGCGCUGAGCUUGAUCUCGUGGAAGAAAAGUAUUCACAUGAUGUCUCUCUUGAUGAGGAAAUUGAUCCUGAAACUGCUCUUGAUGUUUUCAAACUUGAUCCUGACUUCGUAGACAAGGAACAGAAAUACGAGGCGCUGAAGAAAGAGUUACUUGGUGAGGAGGAAUCCGAGGAUGAAGAUGGCGGCGGCUGUGAUGCUAGUUCAGAGGAUAACGAUGCGGAGGAAGAAGAAAUGAGAAUAAGCGAUGAGACAGCGACUAAUCUUGUUAAUCUUAGGAGGACAAUUUACCUAACCAUUAUGUCCACCGUAGAUUUCGAGGAAGCAGGUCACAAGUUACCUAAAAUUAAGCUUGAACCAGGUCAAGAGAUGGAACUAUGCAUAAUGCUCUUGGAAUGUUGCUCUCAAGAGAAAACUUAUCUUCCUUACUACGGUUUGUUGGGUCAGCGUUUCUGUAUGCUCAAAAAGAUCCAUCAAGCGAAUUUCGAGAAAUGCUUUGUUCAACAGUAUUCAAUGAGUCACCGUCUUGAGACAACCAAGUUGCAUAACGUUGCUACGUUUUUUGCUCAUUUACUUUGCAGAGAUGCUCUCCCUUGGCAUGUUCUUGGCUACAUUCGGUUAACGGAAGACUACACAACUUCCUCGUCGCGUAUCUUCGUUAAGAUCCUUUUCUUGAAAUUGUCAGAUGACUUGGGGAUUAAGAUACUUAAUGAGAGGCUUCAGGAUCCAACAAUGGAGGAGUCACUUGAAUCUAUCUUCCCUAAAGAUAAUCCAAAGAACACUAGAUUUGCAAUCAACUUCUUUACUGCUAUUGGUCUUGGAGGCAUUACAGAGAAUCUUAGAGAGUAUUUGAAGAACAUGCGACAUCAGAAGCAAGUUGCGGAAUCAUCAUCUUCUUCUAGUUCGGAUAGCGACAUAGAGAAGCAGAAGCGAACAAGAAGAUCUUGAGACUGCUUUCUAAAUUUGUUAUCUCCACCAAGAAGCUUUACUUGUGUGACAAGUUUCAACAUUGUUUCCUUUUCUCUAGUUUCAACAUUGUUUCCUUUUCUCUAUUGUUCAUUUUCC